AUGGUGAUGGUGGAUGGCAGCUUGGACGCAGAGAAGAUCGCAGGGUAUUUCAAGGGCAAGAGCAUCCUCAUCACCGGCGCCACUGGCUUCCUCGGAAAGAUUCUUGUGGAGAAGAUACUCCGGGUGCAGCCAGACGUGAGGAGGAUCUACCUGCUCGUGCGAGCCAUGGACGCCCACUCCGCCAAGCAACGCGUCGAGGCAGAGGUUCUUGCUAAACUAACUCACUCCAACACAUCAUGCGAUCCGGGUGUGGCGUAUGCAACUAGCAGCAGCACAUGGACUCUCAUGAAUUCUCGCAUCCUCCGUCCGGAAUUACUCCGAAGGGUGACAGACACUGAGCUCUUCUGCCUCCUGAAAGAGAAGCAUGGCAAGGGAGGAUUCGAGCUGUUUGUGGAGGAGAAGGUUGUCCCUUUGGCCGGUGACGUCGUCUUCGAGAACAUGGGGCUAGAUGCUCCCAGGUUGGAGGAGCUGGCCAACGAGGUCGACAUCAUCGUCAAUGGAGCUGCAACCACCAACUUCUACGAAAGAUAUGACGUUGCGUUGGAUGUGAAUGUGAUGGGGGUGAAGUACCUGUGCCAGUUCGCCAAGAAGUGUGCCAAUCUCAAGAUGCUCCUCCAUGUUUCCACCGCAUUUGCAGCCGGCGACAGGGAAGGGCUGAUCAUGGAGAGGCCGUUCAAGAAGGGGGAGACCCUGAGGGAAGGCACCUACCUGGACAUCGACGCCGAGCUGCGGCUGGCCGGCGACGUGAAGAAGGAGCUAGAGCGGCAGGACGGCGGCGGCGGCGGCGACAAGACCAAAAGGGAGCGGAAAGGCAUGAAGGAGCUGGGGCUGGAGCGCUCCCGCCACUUCGGGUGGUCCAACACGUACGUGUUCACCAAGGCCAUGGGCGAGAUGCUGCUGGGGCAGCUCCACGGCGCCAUCCCGGUGGUGAUCCUGCGGCCCAGCAUCAUCACCAGCAUCCUCAGGGACCCGCUCCCCGGGUGGAUGCAGGGGACGCGGACCAUCGACACCAUCAUCAUCGGCUACGCCAAGCAGAACCUGUCGUGCUUCCUGGCGGACCUGGAGCUGACCAUGGACGUGAUCCCGGGGGACAUGGUGGCCAACGCCAUGAUGGUGGCCAUGGUGGCGCACUCGGAGGAGCAGGGCGCGGAGGUGAUGUACCACGCCACCUCCUCGCUGCGCAACCCGGCCCCCUACGGCGUGCUCUACGAGUCCGGCCGCCGGCACUUCUACGAGAACCCCAGGCUGAGCAAGGACGGGCGGGUCAUCCCCACCAAGGAGAUGCACUUCUUCAAGACCAUCGCCAGCUUCCACUUGUACAUGCUCAUCAAGUACAAGCUGCCACUCGAGAUCCUGCACGUGGUGAACCUGCUCCUCUGCGGCCUCUUGUCGCAACUCUACGACGAUCUCAACCGGAAAUACAAGUUCGUCAUGCAUCUCGUCGACGUCUACGGUCCCUUCGCCUUAUUCAAAGGAUGCUUCGACGACAUCAACUUGGAGCGGCUGCGAUUGACCAUGACCAAGACAAGCCCGGAGGAUGACAUGUUCAAUUUUGAUCCCAAGACCGUCGACUGGAACGACUACUUCUACAAAAUCCACAUACCGGGUGUCCUCAAGUAUGUGCUCAAGUAA